UGAAAAAUCACAGAACUCUACAAAUUCAAAAAGCAGCUCGGGAUUCUUUUGGCUUUUUGUCUGCAAACAGAAUGGAGCCGAUUCCAAAACUUGUCGCUGGUCUUCUUCUGCUGACGUUAUGUGUGGUGGGCUGCUCUGGCCAACACUGGUCCUAUGGACUGCGUCCUGGGGGAAAGAGAAAUGCUGAAAAUUUGAUCGAUUCUUUCCAAGAGCUAGCGGAAGAGCUUGAUCAACCAGCAAAACCUCAGCGCUUGGAAUGCACAAUCCACCAGCCCCGACCUCCCCUCAGGGACCUGAAAGGAGCUCUGGAAAGUCUGAUUGAAGAGGAAACUGGGCAGAAGAGGAUUUAAAUCCGCCGAACCAGAGGGACUGACAAGUGUAAUUCUGACAUUGAAACUCGUGACUCGUUUGACAUCUUUAAAUUGUGCGAAU